UCCGCAUUUCUUCCGUACCAAGUCCUCAUCACACUCAUCACAUCCACCCUCAAGAUAGAUUGGUCAGAUAUCGGUUGCGAGAUAAUAGAGGAUUGGUUGUCGAAACGCGGUCAAUAUGACUUUGUACCUUCCACAGGGGAACCAUACCACAAAAUCAUAGAACUCUACUGUUUGCACGUAUUGGGCGAGUGGGAGUGUGUCAGAGAAUUC